CUUCUUCCUCUUUCUCCUUCUACCCUACUUUUAUUCAGCUCAAAGAAACCUCAGGCUCCAUCUCUUCUUUCUUUUCAUUUCCCCUGUUCCGUAGUUUUCUUUUUUAUUGCUCUUUUCUCCCACUUUUUGGUUGAAACUUGAAUCAUUACAGGUGGGUUGCGAUUCUGCUUCAACAGAGAUUGAUUUUGAGGGCCAUUCUUUUUCUGGGGUCCUUCUAUUUUAUGCUGUUAAUCUCUGAAGGGUCGUUUGAUUAAUUGAUUUCUCUCCACCAUGGCUUCUUCGUUGAAAUCUGCCCUCUCUGUUUCAGGGCUUGAGGACAAUUUGCGUUGCUCUAUUUCAUCUGGGAUUUCUGGGUUUUCCACUUCUAUUUCUGCUUCCAAUUUAAAAGGGUAUAAGCAGCCAGGGUUUCCUGUUUUGAAAGUCGAUUUCUUGGGGAGACCUUUAGUGAUUUCGGAUCAAAAUGGUGUUACAAACUCAAACCCUAAAACCCCAAAUCGCUUUACUAUUAAUGCACAGACGUCUAUCUGUAUAAGCCGAGCUCGGAGAUGGUGGGAAAAAACUUCAAAACCUAAUAUGGUGGAGAUCCACUCUGCCCAAGCCCUUGUGGAUGCAUUGCUUGAUGCUGGUGAUAGAUUGGCUAUUAUAGACUUCUAUUCUCCUGGCUGUGGAGGUUGCAAAGCUCUUCAUCCUAAGAUCUGUCAACUGGCUGAAUUGAACCCUGAUGCAGUUUUUCUCAAAGUUAACUUUGAGGAGCUCAAAACCAUGUGUCAAGCUCUUCAUGUUCGUGUUCUUCCUUUCUUUAGAUUCUAUAGAGGUGGAGAAGGUCGUGUUUGUAGCUUUAGCUGUACAAAUGCAACUAUUAAGAAAUUCAAGGAUGCAUUGGCAAAACAUGGAACCGACCGGUGUAGCAUGCUUCCAGCUAAAGGAUUAGACGAAUCCGAGCUCGAACAGUUGGUAAUGGCAGGUGAAUUAUCAUUAAGUUCACCUUCACCAUAUCUCAAGGAAGGAGCAUUAAAGGAUCUAGUGAUGAGAGAUAUGGAUUCUUAUGGUUCUUGGAGCAGCAGAUCAAGCAAUAAAAUGGAUCUCAUGGAAGACGAUAACUUGAUUCUUAAGGUUUAAAGGAAAAGCUAUGAUGACACUGAGCAGAUUGAAAGAUUAUUAGUUGUGGAGGGAAAAAUUGUACUCCAUGCUUUUGUAUUUGUUUAGUUGAUUUUUUUCUCCCAUCUCUUUUUAGGAUUGUUGUUGUACAUGAUUAGGAUUUGGGUUUUUACCCUCCACAAGCAAGGCCUCUGAUUUUUCUUAGUGUGUGUCUUGCCCAUUGCCCAUUGCCCAUUGCUCUGCUCUAGCCAAUCUGUUGAAGGAACUGGAAUUGGCUGUCUGUUUCAGUUUUUAAUACACAGAUGAAGCUUUUCUUUAACUA